CAUUGUUGUGAGAGCAGAGAACUUUCCUUCAACUCAGAUUGUCUCAAAGUUUUGUUGAUAAGAGCUUGAUAUGGGUAAGCUUGGUAAAAUGUUGGACACGUUCUGUUUCUCUUCUUGCUCAAACUCUUGCUUCUGUGUAAAUUCCAUGGAAUUUGAUGAUGAGUUUGAGGGAAAGCCCUUGAUUGUGAGUGACGCUGAUCAGAAACUAAGACUUAAAGAUGUGGUUGCCGGGAAGCAGACUUUGGCUUUUCAAUUGAAACCCAAGAUAGUGAUAUUGAGGGUGUCCAUGCACUGCCAUGGAUGUGCAAGAAAAGUUGAGAAACAUGUCUCAAAGUUGGAAGGAGUGAGCUCAUACAAGGUAGAUCUGGAGACCAAAAUGGUGGUUGUUAUUGGCGACAUUCUUCCCUUGGAAGUGUUGGAAAGUGUCUCUAAGGUCAAGAAUGCACAACUUUGGGAUUCUCCACGCUGAAGAGUUAAAAAUUUGCCCCACACAGGAUUCACAUUUCCAAGCAGGAUCCAUUAAAGCAGAAUGAAGAAGCUCUGUAUUUGCUCUCAUUUUGUCCCUUUCUUCCAAAAUGUAUAAUGCCCAUGUCGCUAGAAAGAAAAACAAGAAAGCGAUAGUGUAUUAAAUGUCUCUUUUUGAGACUCGAGAUCUGCUUGCACGUUUGGCCAAGUCUGGUGAUAUCGUAUUCUCCGAUCACAUAU